UUCAAUUAGGUAACUCACCGGUCAGGUAGUGGGUAGCCGUUGGGGUAGCACGAUGUCUGGAAAGUGAAAACGUUAGUGGAAUAGUGAGUUAUGUGCAAAGGGCCGGUUUUGAAGGACUGUGUGAGAGAUGUUUGUCAGGUGUUGUUUUUGUAGGUGACGGGAGAUGAUCGAGCAAUGGUUCAAUUACGUCUGGCAGUUGUUUUUUCGGUUCCUCUAUCUGCCGACGACAACUGUAGAGGGAAAUCUUGAUAAGGAUAAAAAGGAACUGAAGGAGAAAGCUAAAUUAGUUUCCAGAGAAACCACAAGGACUCCAACCAAAAUGUCGGACAUGCAAGUAGCGGUAGCUGACAAAAAUGCCUUGGCUUUGAGCAAGGACGCAGAAUUCGAAUCGGAACUCACAGAAGAGACCACGCUCUCAGAGUUGCACAAGGAUCUCGGCCACACGAAGAUAUCCGAAAAGUCCGCGUCCUUCGAGAGCAACGAGACCACCUCUCUGGUAGAAGAGAACAGGCAGAAGCAGACGGAAGCCUCCCGGACCGUCUCGCAAUCCGAGAAGAUGGAGGUGUCAGCCAACCGACAGGAUCCAGAACCGUCUCCGGCUACUAGCAGCACCGACACCACAAUAACAAAUUCCACAAUUCCCUCAGCAUAUCAACCUCUCGAACCAAUCAAAUCAUUUGAACCGCUCAAACCAUUCGAACCCUUGAAACCAUUUGAACCCCUGAAACCAUUCGAACCACCUAAAUCAUUCGAACUGGCAAAACAGUUGGAGUCUUCCCAACACCCAGAACAAUCAUCUACUAUAAGUACUACUAAAGAAGAAACAUCAAAACCCCUUGAAUCUCAAAACCAAACGUCUAUCUCGGGAUUACCUGCAGGGUACCAACCAAUCCAACCACUAUCACCACUAAAGUUUGAUAUACAACCUCUAAGUCAACCAUCGGAGUCUACCUCGGUUCAAGAAUCAAUAGAACCCACAGGAAAUGGCGGUGGAGGACUGCCUGCAGGGUAUAUACCAGUUAAGCCGUUGUCGCCUCUCAAACCGUUUGAUCUCGAACCACCGCUAGACGUCAAGCUGACCAACGGCACCCAAUCUUCUAAGAUUAAAGAGGAGAGUAUCAAGAAUACCUUGAAGGAGAUCAUAUCUGAUCUGGAUACGUUCGCAGAGAAAGACAAGGAACUGAAGGAGGCGACAGAGGAUCAAGCCAAUUGUCUUGGUGCAGGUAGUAAGCAAAGUCAAUCGCGAUCUAACGAGAGUUGGGUAGCUCGUUUGCCUUCAUGUCUGCCCGUACCAUCGUCAUCACCUACAUCAAAGCAACGUCCAUUUUCUUUGCCACCAGACACGUUCAGUCAACUCAACUUUUCGCAGGUUUUGGAGGACAUCAAAACUCGUGGAAUUCAAAGUGUUCAGGAUGAAAAUGCUGCUCCGCCAAAACCUAUCAACUUGGAGAAAAUCUUCACACCUGCAGAUGGAGACCAGAUUCAGCCUAAAAACAGAAAAAUGUUCGCAUCAUCUGCCUUUUACGAGAAGGGAUUCCACCCGACGGUGGAAGACCAAGUGGAGCUAGCCAAAAGGAUAUCCAGUUCCUUGUGUGACAUCAGCAACAAGAGCAGCAAAGGUCAGUCCAUGUACGUGAACAGAAUGAAGAGAUCAGCGAAGUGGGUCCACGAGGGAGAAGGACGAGCAACAGUUAAUGGCAGUGAAGUAGGAACAGAUGGCAGCGACAAGCCUAAGGACCCCCUGAAACUUGUUAUGAACCCAUAUGGGCAAAUUCAAGACAUCAAUUCUCUGAGGAAGCAAGGAUACAAGAUCGAAACAGCCCUCUCGCCAGACGUCUGCUUGGAAAUCGUGAAGGACCUAAACUCACCAAAAGGCAAAGGCGCUGAAUUAUUCGCGAAAAGGCGUAAGCGCUCAGAGAAGUGGGUGGUGGCGGAGACAAACGGCACUAGGCAGACUCCAAUACCAGACAUCGAGCCCACCCCUGUUCCUCUCUUGUCGCCUCUCCCGCCAAUAAGUAGUUUUCCACCUCCCAGCUACUUGCCAGAGACAGCGCAGAGGAUCCAGCACAAGGAAAAACUAGACGAGAUCCAACAAAAGUUCGCGCGCCCCCGCGUCAAGCUAGUGAAAUCCCCUUGGGACGCUGCCUUGGAGACAGGCUCGGUGGACGCGGCCUUCGUGGAAGAGCCCAUCUGGCCCACCAAGGGUAACAUCGUGGCCCCCGCCGUCAACUCUUACGAGGCAGCCUUAAGAGACGACUCCCUUGAAACCUGGACGGGAGCUAAGCCCACCGAACCCAAGAUGUACGCCCACAACCCCGCUUACAACAGUAGCAGCAUCAACAGGAUCGUAGACAACCUGCAGAAGGGCGCCACCGGCGUGGAUGUGUACAAACCCACCCUGCCCCAAGCUUGGAACUCCAGUCCAGUUCCAAAGCCUCAACAGUACAGCUCUAGCACUCUCCCGAGGUCCAAGCCGAAGGCCCCUCUGUCGCCGAUCUACAAACCAGACGUCCCGCCACAAGUCUUCGUACCGAAGGAGAGCGACGCACCAUUGCCCAACCUCUAUGCACCCGCUUACAACGCUCAGCAAAGCUACUCCCCCCAGCCUUACCAACCGACGCAAAACGACAUACCACCACCACUACCAUCAAGGAAAAUCAACUACGACAACCUGCAGAACUACAACACAGCUCCAAGGGGAUGGGGUGGAGUCAAAAGCAUCUACAAGCCGAUCACCUUCGACAAGCCAAAGUCGCCAUAUUCUGACUUUUAAUUUGUUUCGUACACGUCGUUUUUAAUUUGUUUUGGGUUAAGAUAAGCGUCUAGAUUGUAGAGCUGCUCCGUUUCAACUCGAUCCCCGUACUGGGAUCGUGAUCUGAGACGAGCGGUACCUUCGACUUAUCAGGUCAUUUUAAUUUGUGUUGAAUAUUUAUUUGAAUGUAUAUAAAGGUUACUAAUAAUAACACUGUAGUGCCAUAGCUUUGGUGAGGGCUCUACCAAAGUCUACAUCGUAUUGAAAAUUUUAAUGUAAGAAGAAAGGUUUGAGAAAUUGCUAUUCAGUCUUCACAAGUAUUGAUUGUAUAUUUUUUAGAACUACUCACCCUGUUACCACGUUGUUUUUUUUUUUAGUGAAUGAGGUUAGAAUUCUUCACCCACAAUGUAUGAAACCGUUUUCGUCCUGUCAUAACCUUUUUGAGUCACUAUUAAUAACAUUCAGUGUUUUUAUAAAAGCAGUGAAUUGAUCAGCUUGUACCAAGUUUUAUUGCAAUUGAUGUUACUGUAAAAUAUGGAAAUGUUGAAUUAUAAUAAACCCUACUUUAUCGUUA